AUGUUGGCUGGCGAUGAGGAACUUGAAAUUUUGAAAUACCUCGAUGAGGCUCCCCAGAAGGCUAGCCCCGCCCAGUCUCACGAAUCCUCCGACCAGGAAAAGACCGAGUGGGAUCUCAUUGUCGACGAGAUUCUGCAAGAAGCAACUCCGAACGACUAUCUAGGUUUCAACUUCGAUCAUUUAGACCUCGAGGAGUUCGAACAUACGAAGCUGGAGGACAUCGAUGCCCUCUUUGAUAACCUGGAAAAAGAGAAAGAAAUGUGA